ACGAACUGGCCCGUGCAGUCCGUGUACCUACAACUACAACGAUGCAUUGUUAAACACUCUGUAUAGGUACCUCUUUAUUUCUACGCCAAUCACAUGUCCGCGUACUGUCUUCACUUCUACUCUGCCCAGGUGGCCCAUGUGAAUGGAACUUAAAGUCUCGUGCGAGAGCUUUAAACUUUGUCCCAAAUCCUCUAUUACCACUGUCACUGUGGUCGUUGUUGCAGUAACCCGAACAUGGGCUGCCAGCAGCUCAACUCUUCUCACAUCUCCCGACCAAAUUCAUGAAGAGGACUAUAUCCCGGCUGGCCUCUCUCCGGCCCCUGGAUGCCCGUGUACAAGCCCAGCCCUCUCCCGUCCAUUUCAACGGACUGGCAGCCUGGGAUGAUCCCAACGUCCAGGUCAAACCGGGACAGCAUGUUAUUGCUAUCUGCAAUCAAUAUGACAUUUCUUUCCCAACUGAGCUACGUCCCUUGGGAACCAGACUGACGUCAAAUCCAUACAAAAUAACCGUGGUCGCCUCUCCGAAGCACUGCUUUUUCCAUCAGUCGAUGAAAUACUUCGACAGGCUUGAGCAUCCGUUUGCCAAGUCUCUACUGGAUAUCUAUAUUCAGAAGAAGAAAGAGCCGCUGUGGAUGUCUGCUUUUGCGCACGGGGGAUCUCCAUUCGCAAAUGGCACCGCCAAAAGGAAGCUUAUGCAUGCGGUGCGAGAUGCUUUGCUUGCAGCAGGUUACGAUCGCUUUGGCCAGAGCGUGCCGGUUGACGGUGAAUCGAGUGCAGUAAAUGGCCUUUACGGAUCACUACGCCUUAUGAGCCCCUGCCCUCAGGCCAUAUGUACUGCUAAAUUCGCGGACCUUUUGGAUUGCGCAAAACAAAUUAUAUUUGCCGCCGAGAUCAAGCUUCGAGGAAACAAGAGUAACCCGCACCUCGAAAGCGGGCAGCAGCAUAGCCCUCUCUCACGAGGCACAUUCGGCGGUCGACCGCGCGCCCCUAAUAAUAAGCGAAAGCGAACUGCGAAUUAGCAAUCUAGCAUACGCCGGGAAAUGUCUCCUCCUACUACCUCUAUCGAUGUUAUUGAGGUACUUUAAGUCCUUCUUGGGGCGUUUUCAUGAGCGACCAGCUGCAUAUAAAACGUAAAUAUUUUUCGAGGCUGUUGUAGCUAUUGGAAUCCCCGUUGUAAAUUAUUUUCAACUGAAUUGCCCAUACAGACUUGCCAUAGACGAUACAGUUAUGUCCCUUUUCAGUCCAUACAAAGCCAUCUACGUACAUGUAAGCCAUACAUAGUAUAAAGCUCAUUAGUCAUUUAGAUUUGGUUGUGUAUCAUGUCGCAUACUUAGUUGUACUUACUGCGCAGUGCUCUUAUUUCUCCGUAGGUCAUCAUAUCCAACUAAACAUAUCCUAUCAGACCAGAUAAGUAUUCCAUAUAAUUAUAUCCUAUAAAUUUACCUAGAAACCACCCAGGGAAUCUACAUUCUAGAACAUGCUUUGUAUAUUGUUGCCAACAAAUACAUAAAAGCUGAUCGCAAAUUUGUGAAGACC